CACGAGUGGGACAGAACGUGUCAUGUGAUCAACCGGAGCAGGAUCCCCGGUCACCGGCUGUAAUCCGCCUCUUUCCCCUGCAGACACCGGAGGAGAAGGAGGAUCACGAUGUGCACCCGCGUCCAGCCUGUUGAAUGGACCACCGACCUCAAAAACCAGAAUUUUGACGGCGUCGUCUUGGUGACGCAGAGCCAUGACACGUUGCCCUCGGAGCUCGAGUGUCUGAAAGCUCCUCUGCAGGACUACAGCUCUGUGGACAGCGGUCUGGGGGAGGAGGUGGUCAUCCUCAAGGUCCCUGGUCUCCCUGGUAACCGGCUGGUGUUUGCCAGCACCGGCCCGGUAAACCGCGACUACGAUGAUGUCAGGCGCUUCAGUGAUGCAGCCGUCAACGGCAUCAAACGGGCCUUAAAAGCUGGCAUGCAGCGCCCCCUGCUGGUUUGCCCGCCACACAAGGACUAUAAGAACAGCACCCUGGUGGCUGCACUCGGGGCCCUUCAUGGUCUGUACAUGCCUCUUGAAGUGAGGGAGGGGAAUGUGAAAUCCUCCGACUGCAAGGUGUGUGUCCUGGGCCUGUGGGCUUCAGAUGAGACUGAGGGCCGGAGGCUGGUGCAGUUGGCUGAUGCCCUGGAGAGCGGGAGGUUGGCAUGUCGCGACAUCGGUGGCUCCGACCCCGAGCGCAUGGCCGCCCCUCGUGUGGCCGAUUACGUCCAGGAGCUCUUCAAAGACAGCCCCGUGAAGGUGGAAGUGGUGAGCGACCUGAAGGUUCUGGAGAAAGAGUAUCCCUGUCUGGCUGCCGUCAACCGCUGUGCCAGCAGUGUCCCCCGUCACCAGGGCAGAGUGAUCAAGCUGCAGUACUGUGGAGAGGGACCCAUCCAGAAGACACUCAUGUUGGUGGGAAAGGGCAUCACCUACGACACUGGAGGAGCUGACAUCAAGGCCGGUGGCUUCAUGGCUGGGAUGCACAGGGACAAGUGUGGAGCUGCUGCUGUUGCCGGCUUCUUCCAGAUCUUAGCGAAGCUGAAGCCUAAACAUCUGAAGGUUAUCGGCUCGAUGGCCAUGGUGAGGAACAGUGUGGGUUCAGACUGCUAUGUGGCCGAUGAACUGGUGGUUUCCCGUGCGGGUCGUAGGGUGAGAGUGGGAAACACGGACGCUGAGGGUCGUAUGGUGAUGGUCGACCUGCUCUGUGAGAUGAAGGAGAAGGCGGUUCGCGAGACUUCCCCUCAGCUCUUUACUAUCGCCACUCUGACGGGUCACGCCAUCAGAGCCAUGGGGCCCAACUACUCCAUCAUCAUGGAUAACGGACCGGCCCAUCGCAGUGGGACCGCUGCUCAGUGGCAGAAAGCUGGAGAGAAGUUGGGCGACGUGUUCGAGAUGUCCAGCAUCAGACGAGAGGACUACGACUUCCACAAGGGCCAGUCUGAAUAUGAGGACAUCCUGCAAUGCAACAACCUGCCGUCCUCCGCUACACCUCGAGGACAUCAGACCCCGGCAGCCUUCCUCAUCAUGGCCUCCGGGCUCGACAAGUUUGGUGUGGACUCGAACACUCCUCUGCCCUAUUCCCACGUUGACAUCGCCGGAUCCAGUGGUCCUUUCCCCGGGGUCCCGACGGGAGCCCCCAUCCUCGCCAUGGCAACCAACUACAUCCUGUCUGGUCUCUAAACUGAUAACCCAAGUACAAGAAAGACUUCGGUCUCUGUGCUCACUCCAAACACAAAUCUGUAACCGUCCAAAUACAAACAAACCAGUGACCUGCAACAUGUGCAGUAUUUCGUGGCCAAUACCUCAGAUUGUUUUUCUGCACGAGUGUCCUCUGUUUUCUAAGAUCAUGUGACAUUUGUCUGCAACACGUGUAAAAUGUCCCUGUUCUGAAGUGGCCUGAAUCCAUUUAUACUCAGGGGUUUAAUGGCAGUGUGACAAUAUCAUCCUUUUUUAUGUGCAUCUGUAUGUGUGCGACAGACCUUGGCCAUGGUUGUGUGCUGAAUGACGCUGUGUGACAGAGAACUCCUCCCUGACCAAUAAACCUAAUCAGAGCUCA